AUGGGUUCCUUCGGCAAAAUAUACUCCUAUCCGGGCAACUUUCGGGUGCAGCGUGCUCAAGUCAUCGCCGCCCUGAAUGGCCUUGAGAUCGAGGUUCCCGAGUUCCAGUUUGGCCAGGCAAACAAGACACCCGAGUUCCUAGCCAAGUUUCCCCUCGGCAAGGUGCCCGCGUUCGAGGGCGCAGAUGGCUUCACCUUGUCCGAGGGCGCGGCGAUCGCCACAUACCUUGCCGGCAGCGGGCCCCGGGCCGAGCAGCUCCUCGGCUCCGACGUUAAGACCAAGGCCAAGAUCGCCGAGUGGACGCUCUACACCGACUCGGAGCUCGUCAACAACGCCACACCACCUCUGAUCAUGAUGCUCAAGUUCCUGCCCUUCGACGAGACGCGGUACAACUUUUCCGCCGCCGCGUUCGAGCGCGCGCUGCAGAAGGUCGAGGCCGCGGUCAAGGGCGGCAAGAAGUACCUGGUCGGGGAGCAGCUGACGCUGGCUGACCUGAUGGUCGCGGCCGCGCUGUUCUUUGCAAGCGGCUUCCUGCUGGAUGCCGAGAUGAGGAAGACUGCGCCGGCAACGAUCGAGUACCUCAAGGGGAUUGCGGCGACGGCAGAGUUUGCCAAGGUGUUUGGGGAGUACAAGCCUUGUGAGAACCGGGUCAAGGGUGGUGCGUAA